AUGUCUUCCAUUCAAAGUGGCAAUUAUACUCUGUCUCGAAAUCGAUCGACGGAUGAUUCUAUCGUUGCUGUUCAAGUUAAAUUGACAGAUAGUUGUUUAAAUGCUUUGGACAGUUAUAUCAAGUUCGCAUUGAAAUUAAAUGAAGAUCACCCAACGUUAUCAUGUGAUGGCAAGACUGGGAGAAUUUUCAUACCGGAUAAAAAUGGAGGCAGAGACUUUCAGUUCUCUUGUACAACCUUACCGGAAGAUCGGGGUCCCUUUGAAUGCUAUUCUAUGCACCAAUCUCAUUCGGAUAAAAUGAUCUAUGAAGGGAGUAUCACUACCAGGAUGUCCAUUCAAGCUACUGAUGAAAUUUACGCCAAGACAAAAAUCAAAAUGGAGAAAGCGGAAGAAGAACGCAAAGAAUCACGGGCCAAGUUGGUCAAUCCAGUCAGUAAAGCUACGAAAGGUGGGCGCAAUAAAUCCAAGCCAGUUCUACUUCGCCCAACUCGUACAAUUCCUGCCAGUAAACCACUUUUGCCUUCACGGUCGACAAAUUACGUUACUACAUCGAGCAAUAAGCCUUAUAAAGAUCGAGUUAUUCAUUAUUUAGCGAUCCAGCCUCUCAACAAAUUAGAACUUCUCACUAGAUUACAUAAAGAUGGACGAGCCAACAAGAAAGAUACAAAUAGACUAGGUAGCAUCUUGAAAGAGGUUGCCGUUAUGAAAAAUAAUAAAUUUUAUCUACAUAAACACUUGUACUCCGAAGUGCAGGUGGAUAAGUUUUCCUCCUAUACGGAAAAUGAUAAGCGCUUAGUUGCUUUAAAUAUUUCUAAGUAUUGCUCCAAUGCUUUACGUGACAAUGUAAAUAUAUCCCAGUCGUCAUCGAAUGCUAGACGUACCGACGCAAAGCAAGAAAAACAUAAACCUAGCCCGAAAAAAUCAGUCUCUACAAAUCCUCCUUCAGGGUCGGAUAAAAAGUGGCCCCAUGGUGACGCGCAGCCUGCAACGUCCAUUAAGAAAACGAAGAGAAAUAUCCACGAAACGGAAUUUGAAAAGACUGUAAAGCAGCCAGAAAAGAGAUCAAAACUUGAAAACUUAAACUCAAUUAUUAGCGCUGUAAAUGAUAAAGCGGGCGAAAUCGAUUAUCUGGCGAUGUAUCCAACCAUAACUGCUAUGGCAGAGAGAGAUCGCUAUAAACGCAUUUUUAACAAAGAUUAUACAGAAUAUACAAAGCUUAAAGAAAGGAAAUUACCGAUGAAGUUUUAA